UUCCAGAUGGCUUCGCGCCUGGAUGCUGCUAUGAACCUGGAUCACUGCCUCACUGUAACGAUGUUCAGGCUCAGGAAGAGGCCACUGACGAUGCUGUUGAAGGAGUGAAGAUCUGCGAGACAGAUGCCAAUGGUGAUGAACAUUGUCGCUCUCUAUCUGAAGGAAAAUUCGCGGAGGCAAUGCAGGAGUCUGACUGCUUCUGUGUGAAAGACACAGAGGGA